UUGCGUGGGGUACAUGCGGUACAACUGACUGUUUCCUUCGCGAGUGGCGUUCUAAGCUGUGCGUCGUGGGUGUCUUCCUUCUGGCUAAGGUUUGGGACAGGUAGCGGACGGCCUGUCCCGCCAACACCAUGAGACUGUGCAGGUUUGGACUAUGGGCGGUUUCACCAACAAGGGUUUGUAUUCUGCUGACGGCCCUCCUGGCAGUGUGCUGCGACGCGUACCCAAAAUCGUCGACGUCAUCGAAAGAAGAUUCGGUCGCCUUAGGAACCGGAAGGGGGCUCCCACAUCGUAGUCCUGUGCGUCGGUAUCGCCACGGCCGCCGUCUUGACGCGGGUCCAGCAUCGCUGCCUCGGCGUGCCCGCGUCGGUGCGAGUGGCAGCACUCCUGUAGUUUCAGACUACGACGCGGACGGCGAAGAUUACCCGCCCUACUACAACUACUGGCCCCCAUCUACUGACAAGCGCAAGGACAAAGCACUCGGCGGGUACCACCCUCAUCGCCGCCACCACAGGCAAGGCAAGCGGCGCUAUGACGAAUUCGACAGUGACUACUACUACGACAGCUACGUGGACAAGCACGACUACAAGAACGAGUACGACAUCGUGUUUCCCCUGCUGAUCCUGAUUAUGGCACCGCUCGCAGUGUCCGCAUUCCUGCUUCCCAUCACGGCGUCCCUGAUGACCAACACUUUCUUCCUGGUAAACGGGGCGACGUCGGCUGCCAUUCAAGGACGACGCAGGCGGAGCGUGCCAGAACUGGUGCCAUCGGCCGAAGAGCUCAACAAGCUGGAAGAAGUUCUGGUGAAGGCAAUCGAGAAGUACGCGGGCCUCGAAGGAAUUCAUGAUAAGAUAGGCUCGGUUCGCUCGUCGGCAAACAACCGAGUUGUGACGACCUGAAGAAAACGUGCGCACUGAAAGAAACGUCCGCUGUGCCCUGUGUCCCAGAGACUGAGAACAAGCAGACACUGGCGGGCCCGUUAUACUCGCCGAUAUUUGCGCGAGGACAACAAGUGCUAAAGAAGGAAUGCUGGAGUACGUAGAAUGUGCUUCGUUCGCGAGUGAUGUCGAAGCUUUACACCUGUCGCCACUUGACAUAAUCGCGAAAACGUGCGACAAGGCCCGCUAGAUCAGCUUGAAUAUCUUACUUUAUGUUCCCUGCUAGGUUGUGCUAGGUUGUGCACGAUUAAGUAAGGCACACUAGUGUGCCUAUAUCGCUCAUAUACACACGAAGAAAAGUGUCCUCAUGGCGUCAUCUUAUUUAUUUUCUUCUGCAGGGUCACCACUGACAAUAUUCUGAAAUACCGUAGAAUGUUGCAAUAAAAAGAGCCACCAUUGUGUUUCAAACAAGAACACUUCAAUGCGGUGUUAUACGGGUCGCUUUCUACAGCGUUUCUACACACUGAGUCUCUCUGCACUAGUAGAUGGGCUCCUGCCAAAAGUCUCAGGUUAGGUGCAUACAACGGAGCGAUGAUGCCG